AUGAAUAUUGAGCAAAAUAAAAUAGUUUUAAAUUAUCAUAAAUUUUUGUUUCACCUACAAUUUAUUUAUAUUAGAGAAAAGGAAUUUAAACCUUCAACAAUCGGGACAGCUCACGGAAAAGCUACUAUUGGUAAAGAUCGAACGUCAAGUUCAGCAUUUAUUAGACCUCAUCAAACACCUAUUGUACAAUGCAUCGAGCGCCGAUUUGCACAAUUUCAAGGCGAUGUUGAUGUCGAUUGUAUUGAACCAUUUCAAGUAGUAAAAUAUACAAAUGAUCAAGAGUAUACACCUCACUAUGACUGGAUGGCAAAUUCGAAUGAACUGAAAAUUGGUGGCCAACGAGUAACAUCAUUUUUUACCUAUCUUCAAGCGAAUUGUUCUAUGGGUGAAACUGAAUUCGUUGCGAUUCUAUUUAAUAGAACAUCACAUGAACAAUUUUGUGAUAUUUUAGUUUGUGAUGAAAAAGCCACCGAACAUGGCCUUCGAUUUCGACCAAUAGCAGGAAAUACAAUCUUUUGGUAUAAUAUAGAUGAGUAUGGGCAAGUUGAUGAUUUGACAUAUCAUGCGGGUCGUCCGCCUGGUGAAAAUGGUACUAAAAUCGGGCUGAAUGUUUGGACGCGAGAAAAGAAAUUUCGACCUUCAAAAGUCGGGACACCUGACGGAAAAGUUGCUGUUUCUAAAAAUCGAACGUCAAGUACAGCAGCUAUCAAACGUCAUCAAACACCUGUUGUACAAUGCAUCGAGCGACGAUUCGCUCAAUUUCAAGGUGAUGUCGAUGUCGAUUCUAUGGAACCAUUUCAAGUAGUAAAAUAUACAAAUGACCAACAGUAUACACCUCACUAUGACUGGAUGAAAGAUCCGAAUAAUAUAAAAAUUGGUGGUCAACGAGUAACGACAUAUUUUACCUAUCUUCAAGCCAAUUGUUCUAUGGGCGAAACUGAAUUUGUUAUGAUUCCAUUUAAUAAAACAUUCCAUGAACGAUUUUGUGAUAUUUUAGUUUGUGAUGAAAACGCCACUGAACAUGGCAUUCGAUUUCGACCAAUACCCGGAAAUACAAUCUUUUGGUAUAAUAUGGAUGAGUAUGGACAAGCUGAUAAUUUUACACUUCAUGCAGGUCGUCCGCCUGGUGAAAAUGGUACUAAAAUUGGGCUGAAUGUUUGGACACGUUUAGAGAAAUUUUCCAUAGAAAAGGAACUGAAACCUUCAGUAACUACUGCGCCCGACGGAAAACCUUCUAUCAAUAAAGAUCGAACAUCAAGUUCAGCAUUUCUCAAACGUCAUCAAACACCAAUUGUACAAUGCAUCGAGCGCCGAUUUGCUCAAUUUCAAGGCGAUGUUGAUGUCGAUUCGAUGGAACCAUUUCAAGUAGUAAAAUAUACAAAUGAUCAAGAGUAUACACCUCACUAUGACUGGAUGACAAGUCCGAAUCAUCUGGAAAUUGGUGGUCAACGAGUGACAACGUAUUUUACCUAUCUUCAAGCCAAUUGUUCUAUGGGUGAAACUGAAUUUGUUGCGAUUCCAUUCAAUCGAACAUUACAUGGGGAAUUUUGUGAUAUCUUAGUUUGUGAUGAAAAAGCCAAUGAACACGGCCUUCGAUUUCGACCAAUAGCAGGAAAUACAGUCUUCUGGUACAAUAUAGAUGAGUAUGGACGAGUUGAUCAUUUGACAUAUCAUGCGGGUCGUCCGCCUGGUGAAAAUGGCACUAAAAUUGGACUGAAUGUUUGGACACGUUUAGAGAAAUUUUCCAUGGCAGGUUUAGAGUGA